GCAGCAGCAGAAGGUGACUUCAAGCUUAAAGUUUUGCCUUAGAGUAACUGAUUUGAUUUCACUGUUGGUGUCAGCAGGUGGUAGCGCAGAAUUUCACUUGCAACCCAUUCAGCUGGACUCACCUGUGCAGUUGAGCUCUGAAUUUCCAACCAUGGACCGAUCACUGUGUGGUGGGCGGGGUCAAGUGAGCGUGCUCAGCUGUUUCCCGCCUUCUGUAGGCAGAGAUAUUGCUGUUGCUGUGGUGAAACCCCUGGGAGCUGGCCUUGGAAACCCUGGCACCCGUAGCUUGCUCUGCACAGACAAACAGGUAAAGUGGACAAUGGAGGUCUUGUGUUAUGGCCUCACUCUCCCACUAGAAGGAGAUACCGUCAAACUCUGCGUGGACAUCUACACUGAUUGGCUAAUGGCCCUGGUUUCUCCAAGAGACUCCACUCCUCCACCAAUCAGCAGAGACCCCAACCUGUAUGUCCAGAAGAUCCUCCGACACCUGUUCAAUCUGUUCUUGCCCAGGUCAGACCAGGUAAAUCUGGUCUACCUGUCUCUCUAUCAGCAGGUUCUGUGUGCUGUCCAAGUACUGGCUAGAGAGAGUACCAUGAUGAGUAGAGACACUUGGGAGACUCUGUUGCACUUCUUGCUUCGCAUCAACCAUGCCAUGCUGUCUCCAGCAACUGCUGCAGGUGGUGUAUCAGACCUGUUGAUGGCGGUGCUUCUUGAAGUGUGGCUGCUGUCUUGCUCUCGGUGUUUUCCAUCUCGUUCACUAUGGCAGACAUGCAGACAGAUGUUGAGCAGCUGGAGACAUCAGCCUGCAGUUGUGGAACAGUGGUGCAGAGUUGUUGCAGCCUUAACUUCCAGGUUGCUGCAGCUGACUUUUGGGCCAUCCUUCCCUCACUUUAAAGUCCCAGAAGAAGAUGCUGCCCUGAUCCCUGAGGACAUGGAUGAUAAGCGAAUCCCUCAGACCUGGUUCAGAUUCCUCCACUUAUUUAGUAAUCCGGUGGAGCUUAGUCGCACAGCAGCUGUUGUUCCAUCUCAAGUUUCACAGGGGGAGGUGUUAAGAAGAGGUGACAGUCAGCUACCAAACAUCUUCUUUAAAGCCAUGAGUGGACUCAGGAUCCUUGUCGACGCCUUCCUGGGUGUGACUGUGGAAAAUAAAGAAACAAUAGAACAACUCCUGCCAAACACUGAAAUGACAACAAGACUGCACUUCAGAGACCGGCUGCCUUCUUUUGGUAUUUCUGUGACCAAAAGCCCGUUCAGAGACCGUCUGCCCUCCUAUGGUAUCUCCCGGCCUCGUUCUGGCAGUGCACCACCCACACCAGUGAAUGUACUGAGCGUGCCCAGCUCCCCCUCCUCAACCAGUUCCUCCCCUCCAUACAACAGACAAGUGACAGCAGCAAAUUUUUCUAAGACAACCAACAAGACUCCCACGAGUCCAUCAUCCUACUGGAAAUCUUUCUCCCAGCUUUCUUCCUUCUCCUCCCCUUUUUGUUCCUCUCUCAGACCCUCUCCCUCACCCCUCAGGUGUAAUGUGGACUCCCUUCUACAUCUGUUUGGUUGCUGGCUGUUUGAUGCUGCACUAAUCAGCAGAGACUCUGCUGGGCAGGGUGAUGUUGCUGUGAUGUCAAAUGGAUGGGCAGCAGGUCGAGCUGAGGCUUGCGGGACACUUUGCAGGAUCUUCAGCUGUAGGAAGACAGCAGAGGACAUUCUGUCUGUCUACCUGUCCAGGUUCUACCUGGUUUUGAUACAGGGUCUUCAAGCGUCAGAGAAGGCCAGUUCCCCUGUUCUGGCCUCCAUUCUGCUGAACUCCACCUCUCUGUUCUGCUGUGACCUAAGAGGAGUCAACAUACUGCUACCUCCCUUUAUCUCAGCUCUGGAAAAUGUGCUGCUUGACAGAGAGCUGCUGAAGUUUAAGAAUUUUGUCACUCCGGUGGAUUUAAGGCGAGCCUCCAUCCUAGUCCUGCUUUCCCUGCUGCCCAUCCCUAUGCACUUUGGAUCAAUCCAGUUAGAGGAGUUACUGGAUAGGAAGUUAAGUGCUGAUGCUGCAACAGGUACGCUCCUGUCACUGAAGCCACGCCUUAUCAGUGUCCUGAUUGGAGCUCUGCAGACAGAGGCGGACACCUGUAACAUACAGCUCCUCCUGGCGGCCAUGUUGAAUCUGGUUCAGGAUUCAGCUGUGUUAGAGCCUGCAGGACGAACUCAGCAAGAAACUGAGCCCCUGCUUACUGGGACCAGUAAACUCAAACAGGCUUUGGGGGCAAGUCAGACCAGUGCGAACCGAUGGACCAGAGGAUCGAAUGCAGCGGCAGUUUUGUGGGUUCAAUUUCUACGUUUGCUCACUCAGCGUCUGACUUCUCAGUGGAGGAAUGAUUCAGCAGUUUGUCUGUCUGCCCUGGAAGUACUGGGAGGAUUGGCCAAGGUGGAGGUGCGAGUGGAGGAGUCAGAGAGGAUGCGAGUAGUCAGUUCGGUCUGCACCUACAUUGUUUUUCAGUGCAGUCGUCCUCCUCCUCUUCACUCCAGAGAUCUGCACUCCAUCAUUGUUGCUGCCUUCCAAUGUCUCAAUGUCUGGUUAACACAACAUCCCACACUGCUUGGCCAUAAGGAGUGUUUGUUGGAGGUCCUGGAGAUUGUGGAACUUGGGAUUUCAGGCAUGAAGUCUAGACAGGAACAAAAAGUGAGAUGUAAAGAGGAGAAAGACCAAAACCCAGCCUCUCUGAGGGUGAAGGAGGCAGCAGAGGCCACACUUAGCUGUGUUAUGCAGGUUUCAGAGGCAUUCCCUUUCGUCAGUGGUUUCCUCAAUGAGGAUGUUCUGCUUCGCUCUUCCUGUCAGAGUGACAGCAGUCUUGAGAAGUUCAGAUAUUUUGUGCUGGAAAGCUCCAUGAUCCUAGCCUUUUGGGAGCAAACACUGAGACGUGAACAGGCACAGUAUCCAUCGCUCAUCAUGGUGAUCAGGGGACCGUCAGGACGCCACACUUGGAGUCUAGAGCUUUGUCCAAAGCCCCACGAGGGACAAGCUGACACACAGGUGGACACUUCCAAGCUGAUGCCGUAUGAUUCAGUAAAUGUUGAACCCCUGAUACCAGAACAGCACAGCAUGGCCCAGGAAGAUGCCAGAAUACAAACUGUUAUCAAACAGCAGCUGCUUCCUGAAUGCUUUGAUACAGUUCCAUCAGUUAAGGCAGAUCAUAGUAUUCCAAUUCUGCAUGAGACCAUUACUGAGGAGGUGCAGCAGCAACUAGAACAUUUGCAAACAGCUUUAAAGAGACAGCAGCAAAUUGAGGCUCGACCACAAGCGAGCAGUCGUUCGGCUGUCACGAUGACCUGUAGACCUCCUCCACCUGUCACCCAUUUCCAGGCGGCAAGACUGUUCCUGUCCCACUUGGGCCUGCUGACAUCUGAGAGUGUAAAGGAUCCAGGUAUCAGUGGUGUUCCAGCUCCGCUUGUGGCGCUCGACUCAUCUCUUCCAGGUUUCUUUGACAGUCUGAGAAAUUUGGACCAGCAGCCAUCAAGAAUCUACGAUUCCACCUUUAUCUUCUACAUGGGAGCAGGACAGAGGACAGAGGCUGAGAUCCUGAAGAAUGUGGAGUCAGCCUGCAAUGUCCAUUCACACUUCCUCGACUUCUUGUCAUCUCUUGGUUGGCCGGUGGAGGUGGGACAGGUGGGCAGGGUCAGCACUAACAGAUCUGAAUUUUCUGCUGUGCUGGGUGACAGCGGAGGGAGUGUGUUUGACGGGAAGAGGUUCAUCCUGAUGUUCACAGACAGUCUGACAGAGCUCACCUUCAUUGUUCCAUCACUGUUACACAAUGGUUCGUCAAAGAGUUCAGAGAUGUUUUUCCCAUCUGCUGAGUCACCACUCAACCUACCAUGUCACUCUAAAUCCAAUAGUUAUCCAGCAAUGAUGCCAUGUAACAGCUCUGAAUGCAACUUGAUGAUAGUCUGGGUCGAACGGUUCGAGGACAUUGAGAAUUUCCCUGUGUCUGGUCUCCUGUCACAUACCAGGUCACAAACAGAGAUGAGUAUAUCCACAAUCCAGCUGAUUUACAUACAUCCUCUGAAAACUGGACUCUACCGAAUCCAUGUCAGUGAAAACACCACCAGCAAGUUCGGUUUGGUAGUCCCAUUGGUCAGCGGGAGUGUGGUCAGCAAGAGGUCACUGGGUUUUUUGGUUAGGGAGAUGGUGAUAAACUGGUGCCAUCGAAGAUUGUUAGAAAGUGACUCUACUCCACCGCCUCACAUUAGAAGAAAGCACAUCAUCAAUGACAUCACUCUUCGCUACCGCAGCUGCCACUCUGAACCUGCCUUUUACUCUUCCCUUUUCCAUGAACCCUAAUCUCCAAUCUGCUAACACUACAAUUGCAUGUGUGUGUGUGUGUGUGUGUGUGCGUGCAUGUGCGCCUUUGCAAUGGGAGUCAAAGGUUCGUUUCCCGAUUCCAGUAAGGGUCCUAGGAUUAGACCCCCAUGCUAACCAAGCCUACCUCAGACAUGAGCAAGAGACAUAAAUAUGAAGCCAUACCGGCUCGGACGUUGCCUGAAUUAACAAGGUCUGUGAUAGGUGUUGAGGAACCAGGACACCCUGUUGAGAAGUGGGCUACUGGAUCAAGACGGCAUCGGUGGGCAACAGAUAAAAAUAGGGCGCUGCUGGAAUGCUACUAUGCAAGUAACCUCGGUGGAAUGGGUUACAUGCAUAGUAAACGGGGCACUAGGUGCAGUGAACCCCAAGCUAGGCAAGUGGCUCCAGCAGAUCCCAGGAACAACACCCGAGAUCUCUGUCCAGAAGAGUGCAGUCCUAGGAACAGCUAAGACUCUGCACAGGACCCUCAAGCUCCCAGGCCUCUAGUUGAGAACGCCAGCUUGAAAGAUAGACCGCCCACAGGGGCGGGAGGGGAAUUAUAUAUGUGUGUGUGUGAGAGAGAGACAUUGUGUGAGAGGGUUGUUAAGUUAGCCAAUCAGACAAAAAAGGUUCUGUUUCUGCCUCCAGCUAAAGACUAGACUAAAAAUAGAAAUUACAGAUACUGUAUACAGAUAUUGUAUGUUUUUUUGUUUUAAAAAGGAAAGCAAAAACCUGUGUACCUUAAGAGUCUUAUGUUCAUCCCAUCAACCACCUAAUUGUUCCUCUGUUGAAUUACAUUGCCCAUUUUAUUAACAGCAAAAUACCUUUACAAUGGAAACUACAGAACAUAUGCAAUGACACAUCUAUGUUUUUUUUUGGG